AUGUCGCAACAAGAAGUCCCGGCCCAACACUCCAAAGCGAUAUACUCCGAAUCCGCUCAAACCUAUAGUGACGACGGAGCUCGUUAUGAGUCGGACGAGGAGCCUAUGGUUUACAGGAUUUUAAAGGACUACGCCACUAUGGCGCGUCGGGAGCGUGACAGCCUCCUUGCAGAGGGUGCUGAUCCUAACUCGGUCAUCCUACAAAGCGAACUACACAAUUAUGUCCCUCGAAGAGAAAACGACUCUGUCGACGAAUAUACGAAGCGCUACGCCGAUACUAUGAUAGAAAUGACUCGUCGCGGCGUUCGGAUUCUGAACGACAAGCUUACUGGCGAUCACAUGCCAUCCAUAUUCGGAACCGCGUCUGGGAAAGUUUUUGACUUAGGCCCCGAAUCCGGCUCGACAAAGGGGGAGUAUCGAGAAUUUACGCAGUGGCUCUGGGGAGUUCAGGGAGCAGAACAGAUUGAGGUGCCGGAGAAGUGGUUGAAGUUUGAGAAGCCAGCCGAAGGGAAAGAUGAACAGUAA